UCACCUGAUUUUUAUAGUGCCUACCUGGUUAGUGAAUUACUCACAAAUACAGGUAAUAUCACAAAGUAUCCUCCGUUGAUUCCAUCCACAAAAAUCUUGCUCUAACUAGCCUUCAUUUUGACCCGAUACCCAAGUGCCUAAUUUAUGUUAUUCUUCCGACACGGCGACAGGCACCCCUUAGCAUUUUCCUUUCAUAUAUUACAUCCUAUUUUUCAUUGCAUGACUUGUUACCAUCUUCAAUUCCUCGGCGAGUUAAAAGUCUGUUUUGCAGUAUGACAAGCAAUUUAAUAGUGGUGGCAAGCAACCCGAUUAAGAGCUUCAAUGUUUAUGUUGAAAAGUGUCUUAACCUCUUGAAAUCCUUCACAACCCAAAACUCCCUCACUCAAGGUAGAAUCCUUCAUGGCCAUCUGCUAAAAAAUGGUGUUUCAAAAGACAGAUUUAUCGCCAUUAAACUCCUUAUACUGUACCUGGAUUGCAGGAGAAGUUGGGAAGCUAAUGAGAUAGUGAAGGAGUUUAAAGGGUUUGAUAUUGUUGCACAUAAUUGUUUGAUUGCUGCCAAUGUAAAGUACGGAAAUCUCAAGGCGGCUUGUAAACUGUUUGAUGAAAUGCCUGAGAGGAACGAGGUAUCAUGGACUGCGAUCAUUUCGGGGUUUUUGAAAAAUGGAAGAGUAGACGAAUCAAUCUGUUACUUUGAAAGAAACCCAUAUCAGAAUGUGGUUUCCUGGACUGCGAUGAUUAGCGGACUAGUCCAAAAUGGAUACAGUUUUGAAGCUUGGAGGAUAUUUUUGAGAUUACUAGAAUCAAAGGUUAAGCCUAACAGAGUUACUUUUACCUCUGUGAUUAAAGCUUGUGUAGAACUAAAAGAUUUUUGGUUAGGGAUGAAUAUUCUUGGGUUAAUUGUUAAAUCUGGAUAUGAGUCAGAUGUAUCAGUUUCCAAUUCUUUAAUUACAUUAUUCUUGAGGAUGGGAGAAGCUGAUUUGGCAAGAAAAGUUUUCACUCAGAUGGAGAAGAGAGAUGUUAUUUCUUGGACUGCAAUACUAGACGUGUACAUGGAGAUGGGUGACCUAAGAAAAGCUAGAAGAAUCUUUGAUGAGAUGCCUGAGCGAAAUGAAGUUUCUUGGAGUGCAAUGAUUGCAAGGUACAGUCAGAGUGGUUAUCCUGAAGAAGCAUUGAAACUCUUCCAUCAAAUGGUUCAAGAUGGGCUCAAACCAAAUAUCUCUUGUUUGUCUAGUGUCCUCAGUGGAUUGGCUAGCCUUGUAGCUUUGCAAGCGGGGAGGAGCCUGCAUGCUCACAUUGUAAAAACUGGGAUUGAGGAAGAUAUCUUCAUCUGUAGCGCUCUCAUUGACUUGUACUGUAAAUGUGGAGAAACGAAAGAUGGACGCCAAGUGUUUGACUCAGUUGAGGGGAAAAAUGUGGUAUCUUGGAAUUCAAUGAUCAGUGGGUAUAGCUUGAAUGGUCACAUGGAAGAGGCUAAGGAGUUGUUUGAUAAUAUGCCCAAGCAAAAUUGUGUAUCCUGGAGUGCUAUAAUUGCUGGCUAUUUAGAAUAUAAACAAUUUGAUAAGGUAUUCGAAGUAUUUAACGAGAUGCUUUUGGCAGGGGAAAUUCCAAAUAGCUCCACUUUCUCUAGCGUGCUUUGCGCUUGUGCUGGCAUAACCUCUUUAGAAACAGGAAAAAUCCUUCAUGGGAAAAUCAUUAAAUUUGGGGUUCAAUAUGAAGUUUUUUUAGGAACUGCACUAACUGAUAUGUAUGCGAAAUCUGGGGAUAUUGGCAGCUCUAGGGAGGUCUUCAAUUCAAUGCCAGAGAAAAAUGAGAUAUCUUGGACUGUGAUGAUCCAAGGUCUUGCAGAAAGUGGUUUUGCAGAGGAAUCUCUUCUUUUGUUCGAAGAAAUGGAAAGAACUUCGUCUAUUGCACCUAAUGAGCUCAUGCUUUUAUCUGUUCUAUUUGCUUGUUCACACUCUGGGUUAGUGGAUAAAGGACUCAGGUACUUCAAUUCCAUGGAAACGGUCUAUGGUAUCAUGCCGAAAGGAAGACAUUACACCUGCAUGGUGGAUAUGCUGUCUCGAUCAGGGCGCCUAUUUGAAGCUGAAGAAUUUAUUUGUUCCAUGCCAUUUGAACCUGAAAGUAAUGCAUGGGCAGCUUUGUUGAGUGGUUGUAAAACUUAUAAAAAUGAGGAGAUAGCUGAGAGGACAGCGAAAAAGCUUUUGGAAUUGGCCGAGAAAAACUCAGCAGGAUAUGUAUUGUUGUCAAAUAUUUACGCUUCUGCUGGAAGAUGGAUUGAUGUUACAAAUAUAAGGAAAAAAAUGAAAGAAAAAGGAUUGAAGAAGAGUGGAGGAUGUAGUUGGGUUGAGGUCAGAAACCUUGUCCAUUCUUUUUAUUCGGAUGAUGGAACUCACUCUCAUUCAGUUGAGAUUUAUGAAAUUUUAGAGCUCUUAAGGUCUGAAAUGGUGGUCCCUAGGUAAUGUUUCCUAUACCUUUUGGAGUCAGACACUCGGAUGCACUCUUAUUGCAUUAAACUUCCGGGAGGAAAAAUUUGAAGCUUAGGACAGGAAUCAAGAUACUGCAUAAAAGGGAGAGCUACUGGAAUGGAUUUUGCGGUAUCCUGAUUUUGCAAUCUCUAAUGAGGAUGAUUUCAGAUGGGGUAUAGGGAAAAGAGCAUCAUGGUCUUGUCCAGGAUGUUGUACACUUUUACUUGGUCCUAUUUCCUCGACAAAGGACAAUUGCUGUACCUUGCAUACAGUUCAAGGCAUAAGGAUAGCGGUAAAUUGCAGGACUGGAGACCAUUUCAAACCAAUUACUAGUAGCCUUCAAAUCAUCCAAGUAGGUAUGAUCACAUACUUACAAUUGUACAAUAGUUUAUGUGAUACUUUAUUCACAGACUGACUAGGGUUGCUGGUUGGUUUUCUCCUUAAGUUACUGAGCUUAUGGAAGUAUGUGUUUGUGAAGAAACUUGACUGAAUAACGGGUUUGAGCUGCUGUACCUGUUGGUCUGUGUUGGUUUUUUGCAACUCCGGUUAAUUCGGAAUGAGAAGAAGAUUAGCAUGGCCCCUGAGCAGGAAUGACACACAAAUUGAGAAAAAAAGGGGUAGGAUUUUGGAUAUUUUAGUACAAAUUUAGAUUGCAUGAUCUCGUUGAUGGAGGAUAGAAAUGUUGCUAAAUUGUGGCAAACUUUUUUUGCCCUUGGUUGCACUGUACCUUUCUGUCAAAAUGCAUGCCCAUCCUAGCUAGCCACUGUCAACCUAUAACGUCGGAAUUUUUUAGAUAAACUAAAGUUGUCUUAAGUUAUCAUCAAGAGUGCAUUGUUGUAUUUAUAUUUAUAGGGAAGGGAAUGAAGUUGCAGAUAUUUCAGGGUUUGGCCGGGUAGUAAAUUUGCUUCAUUGAACCAAGAGGCCAAAGGUUCAUAUCCUAUCAACAAGCUGUGCCAUGUGAGGAUAAGACUACAUACAUCUUGUCCUUCCCCGACCUAGGAUCCAUUACUGAAGCCUUGUGUGCUAGAGUUGUUUGUUUUUCUUGAGGUUGCUCAGUGUAUCAUUUGAGUUUUGUGAUUCUCUAUUGGCAGUCCCCAUUUUUGUCGUUGAUGUCUUCAGAUCGCUUGAUUGGCCACUCAUGGGAUAUUAGGAUUCAAGCUAGGUGUACUUUGACUGCUGAUAUACUUCAUCACAUCUUGAAAUUCCUUUUGAAAAGAAGAGUUAAUCCUGUCAUACUGUGUUAUAAUUCUGAACUUUGUUCACAGAGGCAUGAAGUACCACCAAGUGUUCUUGCCGAAGAAUGAUUAUUGAUUCUAUUGACAACGUCUUACUUUAACUAGCUCCCACUCGAAUUGGUCGCUAAGCCAGAUCCCCUGCCUGAAUACUUGUUUUUGGUUCUUUUAACUGAGGCGGAGGUCUUUCCUUCUAAACUGGGUGGCUCAUGUUGCAGGACGUUGUGAUUGACAGGAUAGAGAACUGCUUACGCCAUGUACAAGGUUAUGCAGAUGAAUGUGCAGUUUGUGCGGGAACAGGCAAAUGAAGGCUCUAUUUAUUUAUAAAGUGCAAAUCAAAUUUCGAAAAGGUUGCUGCAUUGAAGACUGAAGAGUCUUCGCUGUGGAUAUUUCAUUAUCCAUCAAAAUCAUAGGACAGAAAACCCAAAGCUACGUUGUCUAAUAAUUUUUGUUUAUGGUUUAGAGUCAUUUACUAUUCAUAUGUAUAAGGGAAACAUGUGUAAAGUAGUAAUGUGAAAUAUGUCUUGACUAUACUAUUUCAAUUGACUUAUGUGAUGGUAUGUCAUUUGUCAUAUUUUGGUUUCGUUGGCUAUAUAAAGAUUGUGAAAUCAGACUUCCUU